AUGACGCUCUACGAUUGGCUGACGCUCCGAUGAGUCCACUGUGUUCCAGCAUCGCUCUAUGGCGCCCACAACACAGAACAGAGCGAUCCCGAGUCCGUCAGGCUACAGAAAGGGGCCUUUGACAGUCGAAGGCCGUUUUUUGAGUAGUUUAUUAAAGCUCUGAAUAUGGAGAACACUGUGUACGAGCAGCCCCAUCUUACUCGUUUCUCUCGGGACGCGUAGUUUAUGGGUUCGCAGGGUCGCGAGGAAGAAUAGGGAGAAUCCCGAGGACUCCAGCUGGAUCCAUGAACAAUCUAGAUCUUCAAACCGCUUGUUUUCCUCCUCGCUGACCGUAAGGAUUUAGACAGGAUGGCUGGGACUGGGAACAGCUCAACAUCUGGAAUGGGUGACAUCAUCCAGCUGAAUGUUGGGGGAACGAGAUUUAGCACAUCAAGGCAGACUCUGACAUGGAUUCCUGACUCUUUCUUCUCAAGUUUACUUAGUGGGAGAAUAUCAACGCUACGGGAUGAAACUGGAGCUAUCUUCAUUGACAGAGACCCAACAGCGUUUGCACCCAUUUUAAACUUCCUUCGAACUAAAGAAUUGGACCUGAGAGGGGUUAACAUAAGCAUCCUGCGACAUGAAGCUGAGUUCUAUGGUAUUACACCUUUAGUGCGACGCUUACUGCUUUGUGAAGAACUGGAGAGGUCCUCUUGUGGAAGUGUGUUGUUUCAUGGCUACCUCCCUCCACCAGCUCUGCCGGCGCGAAGCAGUGCUGUUGGACAGGCUUCAGCUGUUAUCGGUCCAGAGGAGCGCUCGGGUCCUGCUGGUGCAGAGGGGGGUUACCCUCGUUCCUGUCCUCAGUCUUCUCUGCCUGGACCCUCAGGGGCAGAUGGACCACACAGACUGGGAUCGCCAGUGGACCCUAGGAAGGUGCUGAUUGUCGCUGGACAUCAUAACUGGAUUGUAGCUGCUUAUGCACAUUUUGUCAUUUGCUACAGGAUAAAGGAAUCCUCAGGCUGGCAGCAGGUGUUUUCCAGCCCUUACCUGGAAUGGGCCAUUGAGCGUGUGGCUCUCAAUGCUAAAGUUGUUGGCGGACCACAUGGCGAUAAAGACAAGAUGGUGGCGGCAUCAUCAGAGAACAGAAUAAUAUUGUGGAGCAUCCAGGAUGGAGGGAAUGGAAGUGAAAUAGGAGUGUUCAGUCUUGGUGUACCUGUUGAUUCUCUAUUUUUCAUCGGGAGUCAGCUAGUUGCCACCAGUCACACGGGGAAGGUAGGAGUUUGGAACGCCGUCACACAGCACUGGCAGGUACAGGAUGUGGUGCCCAUCACAAGCUGUGACACUGCUGGCUCUUUCCUCUUGCUGGGCUGUAACAACGGCUCCAUUUACUAUAUUGACAUGCAGAAGUUUCCGCUGAGAAUGAAGGACAAUGAUUUGCUGGUGACAGAGCUGUAUCACGACCCUUCAAAUGAUGCCAUCACGGCCCUCAGUGUCUACCUGACUCCUAAAACCAGUGUGAGUGGGAACUGGAUUGAGAUCGCGUACGGGACGAGUUCAGGGGCCGUGCGUGUCAUUGUACAGCAUCCAGAAACGGUUGGGUCAGGUCCACAGCUCUUCCAGACCUUCACUGUUCACCGUAGUCCCGUCACUAAGAUCAUGCUCUCUGAAAAGCAUUUGGUUUCAGUGUGUGCUGACAAUAACCAUGUACGCACAUGGACGGUGACGCGGUUCAGAGGCAUGAUCUCCACUCAGCCAGGAUCGACUCCGCUGGCCUCAUUUAAGAUCAUCUCGUUGGAGGAAACAGAAAGCCACAACAGCUAUUCCUCUGGAAAUGACAUCGGCCCAUUUGGAGAAAGAGAUGACCAACAGGUGUUCAUUCAGAAAGUCAUUCCCAUCACCAACAAACUCUUUGUUCGUCUGUCCUCUACAGGAAGGAGGAUCUGUGAGGUGCAGUCAGUAGAUGGGACCACUAUCACAUGUUUCACAGUGCGAGAGUGUGAGGGUUCGAGCCGCAUGGGCUCCAGACCACGACGUUACCUUUUCACUGGCCAUGCCAACGGGAGCAUCCAGAUGUGGGACCUCACCACUGCCAUGGACACGGCCAACAAGAGUGAUGACAAAGCCAAGCGGGAGCCAGAGAUGGGAGGUCCAACAGAGGAGGAGUUGCUGAAGCUGCUUGACCAAUGUGAUUUGAGCACGUCUCGCUGUGCCACGCCCAACAUCAGCCCCGCCCCGUCGGUACUGCAGCACAGCCGACUACGACAGUCCUGCUCCAGUCUCCAGCUUCAGGCUCAGGAGCCCAUCCCUGAGACAGCCACCUAUGGAGCCCUGAGGCCAUACCGUGAGAGCCCUCUGCUGGCCCGCGCUCGACGCACAGAGAGCUUUCACAGCUACCGAGACUUCCACAGCUUGAACCUGACCAAAGCCUUGCUGGAGAACCACAGCCAGUGCGCAUCCACCGAGGAUGAGAUCCGGCAGUCUGUUGGGGAAAACAUCACUGAGGACACAGACAAACGAAACUCAACUAUUGAUCUCAGUACAUCAAGAGCAUCCGAAACACACCCUGCAGUAACGCGUAAACCCCCCGACAGCCCUGGAGACCAGAGGCGCAGAGCUCAUCUAAUGGAGGAAGGAGCUGCGGACUGCAGGAGAAGAGGGACGUUUGAGGCUAAUUUUCUAAGCAGGAAAAAGGCUCCUCCAGUUUCAGAGCUCAGUCCUCCACCUGCGGGAGUUGAUGGAGGCGGCAGUGACUCGUCCAGCACCGCUUCACCCUCGCCAACUAAACUGUCCACUUCCCCACGCCACCGAAAGCCUCCCGAUUCUGCAUGUGAGUGAUGGUUUACAGUGAUUCGUCAUACAUAAAGAUCACACCAAAUACCAUAAUCUCUGACAGGGAGAAGAAGGUAGAUGAAGGGAGGAUUUCAGAAGAGAAGGAUUUGAGGAUGUAGUUGUGAAGAUCUGACAGCUGGCAGCUAAAAAAAAAACUCACUGUGGACAGAUUUAAAGGGAAAACGCACACUCACAGUACAAAUUCACCACACUUUUUCAUGCCUCUUUAGCUUUUGUCAGUCUUCAAAUGUUGGCUUCAUUUUUCUUUUCACAUUUCCAAGCUUGAAAAAUCAAAUCAUUUGCCUAAACUUGUCAUCCCCUGGAGCAAAAAAACAAAACAAAAA